UACAACUAAAAGGACAAAAACAAAAAUUACUGUUGGAAAUUAUAGAUUUAAUUGAAGAUGUAAUUAAGGGAAAGGUUAUAAUAUACUGUGCUACUCCACAUAGUUGUGAAGAAAUUUAUGAUGAACUUGCUAAAAAACUUGCACCUGAUUUUCUAAGUAUGUACCAUGGAAGCAUUGAUGGAACUUCUAAAAAGCAAGUGAUUCAAGAAAGGAAGAAGAACCAAUAUAAAGUGAUGAUUGCUAUGAAUGCUUUUGGAUUGGGAAUUAAUACUCCAGAUGUUCGAAUUGUUAUCCAUGUUACAUUUCCACUUAAUUUAG